UCCCAAAUAUAACAAAAAUCAGUAAAUUUUGAUAAAAACAUCUAAAUAAUUUUAUAGCUCUAACUUUUCUAAAUAGUAACCAUGAGUCCUAUUAAAACUACUAGCUAUAAGCAGUUAGAUAUCGAUUUUUUAAUCGAAGAAUUAACAUUAUCUGAAAAGAUUUCAUUAUUAGCCGGGAAAGACUUCUGGCACACCGUACCAAUUCCAAGAUUAGGGAUCCCUUCAAUUAGAGUUUCUGAUGGUCCUAAUGGGGUUAGAGGUACAAAAUUUUUCAAUAGUAUUCCUUCUAAUUGUUUCCCAUGUGGAACUGGUUUAGCUGCGACUUUCAACAAAGAAUUAUUGGUCGAAGCCGGUGAAUUAAUGGGAAAAGAAGCUAAAAUGAAAGGAGCUUCUGUAAUUUUGGGACCUACAUGUAAUAUUGUUCGUUCUCCAUUAGGUGGUAGAUCUUUUGAAAGUUAUUCCGAAGAUCCAUUAUUAUCAGGUAUUGCUGCUUCUAGUAUUGUUAAAGGAAUCCAAAACGAAAAAGUUGUAGCCUGUCUUAAACAUUUCGUUUGUAAUGAUCAGGAAGAUGAGAGAAAGGCAGUUGAUACAUUAUUGACUGAUAGAGCUUUCCGUGAAAUUUAUUUGAAGCCAUUCCAAAUUGCUAUUAGAGAUGUUAAUCCAAAGGCCUUAAUGACUUCUUAUAACAAGAUUAAUGGGGAACAUGUUUCUCAAAACAAAGCCAUCUUACAAGAUAUCUUAAGAAAAGAGUUCAAAUAUGAUGGUGCUGUUAUGUCAGAUUGGUUCGGUACUUACUCUACUAAGGAAGCCUUAGAUGCCGGAUUGAAUCUUGAGAUGCCUGGUCCAACCAGAUUUAGACAAUUAGUACAGGCUGUUCAUGCUGUUCAAGCCAAUCAAAUUAGUGAAGAGGUGAUCGAUGACAAUGUCCGUUAUGUUUUAAAACUUGUCAAUGAAGGUUUAAAAGCUGAAAUUCCAGAUGAUGUUAUUGAGUCUGCCAAUGAAGAUCCUGCUGCCGGUGAAUUAUUAAGAAAAGUUGGUGAUGAAUCGAUUGUGUUAUUAAAGAAUGAAAAUAAUAUAUUACCUUUAUCUAAAACUGCAAUUAAAGGUCAAGAAAAGAUCGCUGUAAUUGGUCCAAAUGCCAAGGCUGCUCAAGAUUCUGGUGGUGGUUCUGCUUCCUUAGCAGCUCGUUACAAGAUUACUCCAUGGGAAGGUAUUAAAAAUAAAAUUCAAGAAGGUAACAAUACUGUUAGUUUGCAGUAUACUUUGGGAGCAUUUUUAGAUAGAAAUUUACCUGAUGUAGGAGAUGUAUUGAUUGAUGAAGAAGGUGAAAAGGGAAUAAAUGCUAGAUUCUAUAAGCAUCCUCCUGGAUAUAAGGGUGAUAGACUUUUAUUAGCAAACUAUAAAUUGAAUACAUCCAAAGUUUUUCUUUCUGAUUUUAAAAGUGACAAAUUGGAAACAAAUGAUAUUUUAUUUUAUGCUGAUUUUACAGGUACUUUUAUUCCUGAUGAGACUGCUGAGUAUGAAUUUGGAGCCUCCUGUUUGGGUACAGCUCAAGUCUUUGUUGAUGAUGUUUUGAUUGCUGAUAAUAAGACUAAACAAACUAAGGGGGAUGCUUUCUUCUUAGGAAUGGGUACUAGAGAAGAAAGAGGUUCGGUUCAAUUAGAGAAGGGCAAGUCUUACAAUGUUAGAGUAGAAUUUGGUACUGCUCCGACUUAUACUUUAGAAGGUGGUCCAGUAGAAGCUGGUGGUGUUUAUUUUGGUAUACGUAUUAAAUCAACCCCGGAAGUUGAAAUUAAAAAAGCAGUUGAAUUGUCUAAGAGUGUUGAUAAGGUAAUUGUUGUAGCUGGUCUUUCUAAGGAAUGGGAAUCUGAAGGUUUUGAUAGACCAGAUAUGGAUAUCCCAGGAUUUACAAAUCAGUUAAUUGAAGAAAUUGUAAAGGUUAAUCCAAAUGUUAUUGUUGUAAAUCAAUCUGGUUCUCCAGUUGCAUUACCAUGGUUAGAUAAAGUACCUGCUUUAGUUCAUGCUUGGUAUGGAGGUAAUGAAUUAGGUAAUACUAUUGCUGAUGUUUUAUUUGGAGAUUAUAAUCCUUCCGGUAAAUUAUCAAUGACAUUCCCAAAGAGAAUACAGGAUAGUCCUUCUUAUAUCAAUUUUGGAUCAACAAAUGGUCAAGUUUGGUAUGGUGAAGAUGUUUUUGUUGGGUACAGAUAUUUUGAAAAAGUUGAUUUAAAGCCAUUGUUUCCAUUUGGUUACGGGUUAUCUUACACCACAUUUGAACUUGAUAAUUUAGUUGUUGAAUCUUUUGAUGGCUCCAUUGAUAUUCAACUCCAAGUUACUAAUACUGGUAAAGUUGCUGGUGCUGAAGUUGUUCAAAUAUAUAUUGAACAAGAGAAUCCAAGCAUUAAUCGUCCAGUCAAGGAAUUGAAAGAUUUUGGUAAGAUUAACUUAGCUCCAGGGGAAUCAGGAUUAAUCAAGAUUUCUAUAAGUAUUAAAGAAGCUACAUCAUAUUGGAAUGGUUUGAAAAAGCAAUGGCAAUCUGAUAAAGAUGACUAUAAGGUAUUAGUUGGUACUUCUUCUGAUGAUAUCAAACUUGAAGGUAAAUUCUCUACCUCAAAAACAUUCAACUGGGUUGGUGUUUAAAUGUAUAACAUAAAUUCUAUAUAUUAGAUCCUAUGGUUAAGUAGUUAUUUUGAAUUUCGUUUUUACUGUUUUUUUGCAUCAAUUUGUAGUUUUAAGUAUACAGCCCCAGAG